CGCCGCAGCUCGCUCGGUGCGCCUGCAGUCUUCUUUCGUUUCAUUCCGCUCUCAUUCUCCUUGACGCUGAGUUAGUCGGCUGUCGGCCGCCGGCUGUGAAUACAAGCAAACCGAGGCGGCAGGACCUUCGCUUUUACUGCCAAUUGCAGGCCCAACCUGUCGCAGCACCAGGAGCCGCCGAAUCUGCAAAACCUGCAGUAUUAGGAGCACCUGCAACAGGCGAAAAACCUGCCACACCAGGUGCACCUGCAGGGCCAGGAGCACCAGUCACACCAACAAGACCAACAGCUCCUGGUGCAACGCCAAUAAGACCAGCAGCACCCGGUGCAACACCAACAAGACCAAUAGCACGUGUUGCAACACCAACAAGACUAGUAGCACCUGGUGCAACACCAACAAGACCAGUAGCACCUGGUGCAACACCAACAAGACCAGUAGCACCUGGUGCAACACCAACAAGACCAGUAGCACCUGGUGCAACACCAACAAGACCAGUAGCACGUGUGCAACACCAACAAGACCAGUAGCACGUGUUGCAACACCAACACGACCAGUAGCACCUGGUGCGACACCAACAAGACCAGCAGCACCAGGGACUACCCCAACAAGACCAGCAGCACUGGGGACAACACCAACAAGACCGCCAGCACCGGGUACAACACCAACAAGGCUGCCAGCAACGGGUGCACCCGCAAUACCAACAAAACCACCACCAACAACAGCAGCAGCAGCUGCUCCAAUGGAAGGGCCACUGGGACGUCAAAGUGCCAGUCGUGUUCGUCUUUGGGGGACCCGGAUCCGGCAAGGGCACACAGUGCGACAAGAUAGUGGCGAAGUACGGCUUCACACACAUCUCGUCGGGUGACCUCCUGCGGGCUGAAGUGGCGUCUGGCAGUGACCGGGGCAAGCAAAUCAACGACAUUAUGAAGCAGGGACAGCUUGCACCGCUGGAUAUGAUCCUUCAACUGAUAAAGGAAACAAUCAAGAAAGGCUUACUGACAGCCAAGGGAUUCCUCAUUGAUGGUUAUCCCAGGAAUGUCGAGCAAGGGGAACGCUUCGAGUCUGACGUGUGCAAGUGCACGAACCUGAUCUACUUCGAGGUGUCAGACGAUACGAUGAAGGCCCGGCUUCUUAAGCGUGGCCAGACGAGUGGCCGCGUGGACGACAACGAGGACACCAUCGUCAAGCGCAUCAAGACCUUCCACGACGAGUCGGAGCCCGUGCUUCAGAAGUACAAAUCUAUUGUUCACAAGAUCUCAUCUGAGGACGACCCGGACAAAGUGUUCGCAUCGGUUACGGCUGUCAUGGAUGGCAUUAUUAAACCUAAAUAGUCAAGAAAUUGAAGGUUAUGUGUCUGCAGCAUGUUGGCCUUUACUUGCAGUGCUUUCAAUCUGUAAGAUUCAGAUGACUUGUUUUACCAUUGGGCUAGUCUGUGGCGCAUUCUCUCCGCUCUUUCAUGUAGAUGAUCAACUCGGCUUUUAUUUCUAGUAAUCGAUCAUUGUAAGGGACAUCGUUGUGCGUCAGUGACUGUGACAUUACUGGUUGCAUGCCGAGUGCUUGAAAUAGUAGGCUCGCAAGUAUACUAAAAGGGGCCCGCCAACACUUUUCGAGUAUGAUCAGAAAACGCUGCCGAUCGGUGGAGGCUCCAGACAACGCCCGAGCUAAAUAUUACAGCGCAGCACGCGGCCUUGAAUUCACAAUAAAUUACCAAAGCCAGCUAAAAAUUUCUUUCUCUUCUCUCAACCAAUGACUGAAGACGCCCAAAAAUCAUUCGUAGAAAGUCCAUCUAUCAGCCAUUGGCUGAUUUGAACGUGGCGCGCUUACGUUGCAGAAAUCGCCAUGGGAGGCCACGACUUGUCCACGUGUGCGCGCGCAGUCACACUGAUCUUGCCGCGCAUUCGAAAAAUAAAAAAAGUGUUCAAGGUCACGAGGCGCGGGUGGCGUGUUUUAUUUGCCCCUGUCAUCCCUCCCGGCUUAGUUUCCAGUGCUUUAGUGGGGACGAUAGAGUGCAAUUGCAGCGUGCGACAAAUCUUUGUAACUCCACUCGCACUUGACAGAGUCCUAAAAUUUUUGCGACGUUGAGAUCGCAAGGCAAUAAGCUCUUCUAGUAAAUUCAUUCAAUGGUUACUUGAAAAAGCGUUACAGAGCCCCUUCAAUGCUUUAUUCAUUUGUAGAGUUGAUAACAGUAUGGCGAUUGUGGACUUUACUUGAAGGUUGUAGAAGAGGAUAGAGGAAAUCUGUACGAGUGUGCGAGCAGCUCUGGAAAACCUACGCAAUGAUUACACACUCCUAUAGCUUUAGACUGAACGAUAUAGAUAUUUUUUAACGUGGCCAGCGCCAUAUUACCUAGCGGGCGACGCCGUCCUUGGUCUGGCAACCCACUGGAGCGUGCGAAGCUCCGCGUUUCUAAGGAAGGUAUUCGUAUGGUUGCAGUUCCAGUCGGGGUUUUUUUUUUUUUUUGCUUUAUGGCGUGCUGAAUCUCGUCUUGCAUGGGGCAGUAUGGAUGAUUUUCUGCAGCUAGCUUUUCUAAGCAAAGCUAGGUGGCUCCACCGCACCAAAGCACCACGGCCUUGUCCUAGGUGGCGCGACCGCGAUGUGGCGUGUGGCGGACGUUGCCCUGCAGCCUGCGGCGGAAAACGGGUGGCAUGGACGAGCGUAGAAAGAAAAUAUGUCUCGUUAGUAGUUUGUCGAGCCCGGUAAGCUGCCGGGCGACAAUGUGAGAGUAUUCGAAACACCGGUGCUCACAACACUGCCAUGUCAACAGCGAACCCUAACCGCUGUGCCCGCUUCUCUGACUCGGGAGUGGUGGCGGCGAAUCGGCCGGCCGUCGGCGACGGUGAAGUGAAAAUAAGGCCAUUAAAUCACGUGUUCAAACGUGGUAGCACCCGUUCACCGCUGCGGGAAAUCGUCUAUAGGUAGAAAAUCAGUGUGUUAGGCAACCUAAAAAGUUUUCAUCCGUUCGGGGUCAAAUAUGAUAAUAUGCGACAGCGCGAAUGUGUCGCAAGUGGUCGGUGUCGUAUGUUUUCGGCACUCUUUCUGUUAGAAAAACGCAAGCUUAUUUCGACCCAUUCAGGCAAGGUAAAUGUUGGCACCCUUUAAAGAUACAAUAAUUUUUUUUACUGGGCUGUAUUAUGUAAAUUUCAUUUUUUCAUUGCAGCCCUGUUCGGGCUGCCGCAGCGUCUACCACUUGUAGUGCAUGCGAUCGUACGUGAGCACGCCGUUGCGAUUUCUUAGUGAUGAUGGCAUUCAUUUGUUGCUUACAAACUGUUGUCUAUCUUUUUCUCGACGUUUGAUAAACUCUUAUUACUGGCUCGUUUAUUGCUCACUUGUGUGGAUGAAAUUAGAACUGGUGGUGCUUCUUUGCUUACUUUCUUGUCUCUAUAUGCUUUGGCUCGUACACACAACGGGGGACUGGCCUUUAAACCAGAGGUUUACUGUAAUGGGGACAAGUUAUUUCACAUUUUUAUGAAGAAAACAUAUGUAUUCAGUCAUUAAGGAAAUAUAAGAGAGGAUAUUCAUAAGGUUAUUUACGAAUAAAGUAACUAACGAUUGAAACAAAUAAAUGGAUGGUCAUUCCGAAGAACUAGAUCCACUACAUUAGUUAAAAAAAGAAAAUUUAACAAGCAAACCUUCUUGUGGAGAAAUUCACAAACUGCUAUGCAGAUGCUCCUAAUGCUGUGGCCCAGAGAAGAAGCCCCAAGGGAAAUGAUAUUUUUAGAAAUAAGAGUAUUGUUUACUUUCUGAAUAUAGUUUCUUAAUGUUUCUUCUUGUGGCUUGUGAAACCUCGGCAAAUAUGUAAAAAAAAUGAUUGAUAUUUGCUGGCUCUUGGCAGUAAAAGCAAAUGGGAGAUAGCACCUGAUCAGGCCUGUAUGAAUAGAAAUUGAGAGGCGGAAUCAGGCAUCGAAAUUUUGUGAUGGACACUUCUGAUUUGCGAGAGCGGCACCAUUUAUUGUUUCAAGCAAAAUAAAAAGAAAGACGAUCGUAUUUUUGUAUUGGUAAACUAAAAGUGAUGGAAUCAUGAAGUAAAAAAUAUUUACGAAAUAAAGAUUCAGUGACAAAACUGGUAUAAGAUACAAUAACAUUGGAGGACCAUCUCAGGAUCACUGCACGAGAGUGCCAGCCAUUUCAUUUAUAAGUAUGCCUCGGUGACAUGGCGCCAACACCAACCGCACUGUACUCAAGUGUUUUGGAAUUAAAGAAGAGAAAGCAUUUCAAGGAGAAUACUCGAACGAAGGAGCUGAGGUUAUGGACGUGCACCAAAAGCGAUGUGGAAGUUCAUAUGCCAGCAAACUGCUUCUUCUUUUUUAUAGUCGUGGAUUUUGAUUAAAUUUCGGUGGCAAUAAAGUGAAGAUAGUUAAAGGUUCCUCUGCGGAUGAGGCACCAAGCGAACUCGGCAGCCUCAAGCCUAUGAUCAGCCUAAGAACAAUUUUGCGCGUAUUUUUUUGAAAUCUUGGUGGUCAUACUUCGCAAAGGUAAUCAACGAAAUUGGCAGUUAUAGAAACAAAAUAGAACCACAACAAAGUGGUUUAUAUUUUGCUUUUCUUUUAGAAUAAAAUUAGCCAUGUCGUAUUUUGUUGUGCAACUUGUCAGACAUGGUUCUUGACCACGCGAAGAAUGUUCUUCUUGGGGUGGUUAUUUCUAACACAGUGACACUUUUUUUUCCACAAGUUGGUUUUCAUAUUACACAGUGUGUGCAAUAGACCCCGCCAUCUUACGUAAGCAGUACACUCACGACAAGUAUUGUACCGCGUGAUUUUCAUGCAAAAUUCAGUGAAUAUUUAGGUUGCACAAGAACGGUGCGCAAAACAAAUAAAGGUCUCAUGGUGGUUACCCCGCUG